AUGAUUUUAGAGCCCAUGGAGGAAACUGGUAAGGGUCUAGGUUUAUCUUCUAAAACCGAAACCCUAGAUGGCGAAGCUGGUGUCCCGCAGAAAGAGUCCUGUAUUGAUGAAGCCGACACUGUAGUGGUUUCAGAUUCAGGUGUUUUUGAUGUUAGUGAGAGUGAUGAGAAUGAGAAACAAGCGAGAGUUGAUGUUGGUUCUGUUACUAAGGAUAGCGUUGAGAAGACAGUUAGCUCUGAUGAUGUUGAAAAGACUGAUGCUGUCACAGAGCCUGAGACUGAUGGGAAUCAAAUGGAGUGUGAAGGAGAUGCUGGAGCUGUUGAGGUGAAGCCCGUUAAUGGCGAAAGUCAUGAGAGUGCAGGAAAAGAGGAGACUGUGAUCUCUGGUGGGAAUGAGGUGACCGAUGAGAAGGGAAACUGUGAAGUUGAAGAAGCUAAUGAAGAGAAUGGUGAGAUGCUUUCUGCUGCAGAGGAUGAAGCGGAUCAAGAGGAGGAAACAAGAAGAGAAAGUGAGGAGGAUGAGAAGGAAAUGGAUGUUGAUAGCAAGCAUGCGAAUGAAGAGAAUGAUUCCGAUGUAGCAAAGGAAAUGGAAGUUGAUGAACGGAAUAAAAAUGCUGAUUUGGCAACUGAUCUUACCGGAGCAGUUGAACCUGCUGAUUCGGAAAACCGAAACAGUCCCUCUGAAGAUGCUGCUACAGGUGAAGUUGAACCGGUGGAUCAUCAUGCGCUUUUUGAUCCAAGUUCUGAUAUUACCAACUUUAUUGAUUUCAGUGGUGUAUCAUCUUGGUCAGGAAAUAUACAAGACCUUAAAACUGAAACCGCGAAUGUAUCUUUGAAAGAGGAUAAGAAAGCUACAGAGUGUCCAACAGAGGCUUCUGAUGCAGUUAUGGAAUCUGACGAAAACCAAGAAGAGAAGGGUCAUGAAUGCUUAGAUGAGAAAGCAGUAGAUCAACAAGAUACGCUGAGUAAGGAAGAUGAUACAGUUCAUGAAGCUCCAAGUAUCGAUCCAAAUCACAAGGAAGAUACAGAAAUGGAAGAAAAUCCAAACAAUUUUGAAUUCGCUGACGAUGGAACCGAUUCUGACAUGAAAAGCAAUGGUGUGAAACGAAAGGCUGAUGCCCUGAGUGAGGAUUCACCAGGAGAAGGUAGGAAGACUGUUUCGUUUGCGAAGGUGUCUUUUGCCCAAAGGCCGUCCUUUAAGAUCGGUGCAUGCAUAGCCAGAGCUGCUAGUCAGAUGGCAGGAUCUCCUUCAGUUUUGAAGGGUAGUAACUUCGGUGAUGAAACUCUUUCUGUGGAGAGUUUUGUAUCCCAGCUUCACUGUGUAGCAACAGACCCUGUCAAAGAGAACGUUGUAUCUGAGAUUGCUGCUGGCUUUUUCUUAGAUUUCCGAAACUCAUUGGCUUCGCAGCAAGCUACCCCAGAGAAGGUGAGCAAUAAAAGAGGUAGACCAUCCAAUUCUAGUGCAGGAGGAACCGAAGCAUUUGAGUUUGAGGAAAUGGGCGACACGUACUGGACUGACAGGGUGAUCCAUAAUGGUGGUGAAGAGCAAACACCAACCACUGAUAAAGAAAACUAUCAAGUUGUGCCCGUUGAGUUGAAACCUGCUCAGAUUAAAAGGACUCGUCGACCAUACAGAAGACGACAGUCUCUGAUCAGUACUCCUCCUCCUUCAGCUACAGACAAACCGGCAAACUUUGAUGAGAAUGCACCAGCUGAGCUUAUAAUGAACUUUUCUGAAACGGAUACAAUACCUCCUGAGAAGAGCCUGCGUAAAAUGUUCAGGCAUUUUGGACCAAUAAGGGAGUCGCAGACUGAAGUUGACAAGGAGAAUAACCGGGCUAGAGUAGUCUAUAGGAAGAGUACUGAUGCCGAGGUUGCUUACAACAGCGUAGGAAGAUUCAGUAUCUUUGGAACGAAGACUGUGAAUUACGAGCUAAGGUAUACAAUUACUGAAGCAUUCAAAGUUGAGCCUUAUGUUGUGUCUUUAGGCGAUGUUAGUGGAACUGAUCAAAACCCAGAUGAUGGAGGUCCAGCUACUGGUAAUGGAGGCUUAAAAGCUGGAGAUGACAAUCCGGGUAAUUCGGUUUCUGAUGUGAAACAUGUGAAAGCUGAUGUUGCGAGUCUUGAAGAUUUGGUUGCGAUUAAGGAUAACGUUGAGGAGACAGUUAGCUCUGGCGAUGUUGAAAGGACUGAUGCUAUCACAGAGCCUGAAACUGAGAAAAAUCAAAUGGAGUGUGAAGGAGAUGCUGGAGUUGUUGAGGUGGAGCCGGUAAAUGGUGAAAGUCACGAAAAUGCAGGAGUGGAGGAGACUGUAGUCUCUGGUGGGAAUGAGGUGACUGGUGAGAAGGAAAAAUGUGAAGUUGAAGAAAAAAGUGGCGCUCAUGAUGCCGAACAAAAUGUUCAGACUGAGUCACAGCAAAUUUCAGUCGAUCGUGAGAUGCUUUCUGUUGCAGAAGAGAAAGCGGACCAAGAGGAGGAGACAGCAAGGAAAAGUGAGGAGGACGAUAACAAAAUGGAUGUUGAUAGCAAGCAGGCGAAUGAAGAGAAUGUUGGUCUCCAUGAUCCGGGAUCUGAGACCAAAGAGGCUAAUGAUUCAGAAUCUGCACAAGUUCCAGAGGAGCCUACCCAAUUAAGCAAAGAGGACUCGAAAGAAGAAAACCCAGGAAAUCUUUCGGAAGUUAGCUCUGCUGCUGAAAUGUGUCGUGAAGAAGAAAUAACCAAUGUUAACCAUAAAGAAGAAAACAGAGAAGCCAUGGAAAUCGAUAAUGCUACGGAGGAGGCGGUGGAAAAUAAUGUUACAGCAGGUGGUGUUUUGGACGAGGCUGGCAAUGAAUCUGCAGGUGCAAGUAUUUUACAAACCCAAGAUGUUCCAAUAGCUGAAGCUAACAGGAAUGAUUCGAAUGUAGUAAAGGAAAUGGAAAUGGAAAUUGGUGAACGGAAAGAUGAUGCUGAUAUGGCAACUGAUCUUACCGGAACACUUGAAUCUGCUGAUUUAGCAAAUCCAAACAGUCCCACUGAAGAUGCUGCUUCAGGAAAUAUACAAGACCUUGAAGCUGAAACCGGGAAUGAAACUUUGAAAGAGGAUAAGAAAGCUACUGAUAUGGCAGAGGGAGUCGCCACUGUCGAGACCCUUAAAUCUGUUGACGCUAAAGUGAAUGCUGAAUCCCGUGAUGAAGUAAGGUUAAGUGCCGAAGGUGUUGAAAAUGAAUCGAACGAAGCCCCUGUUGCCACGGAUUGUCAAAAAGAGGAUUCUGAUGCAAUUUUGGGAUCUGAAGAAAACAAAGAAGAUAAUCAUGAAUACGUAGAUCAACAAGAUUCAAUGAGAGAGGAAGGUGAAAACAACUGGCAGGGAUCAAGAGAAGUAAACGAUGAAGUGGCUCAAUGGAAUUUGGAGGCCCUUGCUUGAAGUUAUGUUAACUUUUAGGUAGAGAGUUAGGCUGUGUAAUAAUAAUAGUUCGAGAGAACAUAUAUGUUUAUGUCAUGUGUAAUUGUCGAGUCUAGAGAGAGGCAAUCUUCUUUGUUUUAGUGAUAAAAACAUUUGUAUUUGCUGUUGUUAUUAAACAAAGGGAUAUUAGGAGAGAGUGUUGUUGAAGAGAUUUGGAGCACUAAACUUGGAGAGCCUUAGGUUAGAUGAGAUGAUUCGAUUCGACCAAGUUUGGCUACUACUCAAAUUUAUGCAAUAUUUGUUUUGGUUUUUAAUUUUUACGCAGGGUUGUUUUAGUAACUUUCAAAAGGUUGAUCUGAAAAUGUUAAAACGAUUAGGGUUUUAAAAGAAAUUCGAGAAAAGGUCAAGGUUUAUCUCAAACAAAAUAAAUAUUCAGAGCGGAAGGAUACAUAGGUCUCUCUCUCUCCCCGGACAUCGACGCUUCUUCUUCUUCUUCUUCUCCACGCUCGGCUCUGUAACUGAAACCUAAAGCUCUCACCUUGUUUCUUUUCUCCAAUUCUGGCAAGAUCUAAAGAGGUAAUUUUCCGUCGAUUUCAGCUUUCCCAUUGUUAAUUUCACUUCCGGUGUUAGUGCAAUCUAGAACUUGCCCUGAUUCCCGUUCCAAGUCUGGGCUCUCGCUAUAUAAAGAUUUAUCGAUAUAUUCGAGUGAUUGAGCUGCAACCAGAUAAUUCCAUGGAGGAACAGAGAGAGGAAAGUGAGUUUGUUUGCGAUUACGGAGAGCCCAUGGAGGAAAUUGGUAAGGGACUAGGUUUAGCGUCUAAUUCUAAAACCCUAGAUGGUGAAUUUGAUAUCGAAGAUGCCAACACUGUAGUGGUUUCGGAUUCAGAUGUUUGUGAUGUUAGUGAUUUUGAUGAAAACCCAAAUCAUGGAGGUUCGGCUACUGAAGAUGGCAAUGCGGAUAACUCGGUUUCUGAUGAGAAACUAGCGAGACUUGAUGUAAGAAGCGUUGAGGAUAGCGUUGAGAAGACAAUUAGCUAUGAUGAUGUCGAAACGACUGAUGCUAUCACAGAGCCUGAAACUUAUAGGAAUCAAAUCGAGCGUGACGGAGAUUCUGGAACUGUUGAGGUGAGGUCGGUUCAUGGUGAAAGUCAUGAAAGUGCAGGAGAAGAGGAGACUGUGAUCUCUGAUGGGAAUGAGGUGACUGAUGAAAAGGAAAACUGUGAAGUUGAAGAAAACGGUGGUGCUUAUGAUUCCGAAGAGAAUGUUCAAACUGAAGUGUCCCAGCAAAGUUCAGUCGAUGAUGAGACGCUCUCUGUUGCAGAAGAUGAAUCGGACCAAGAGGAGGAAUCAGCAAGGGAAAGUGAGGAGGAUAAUAAGGAAAUGGAUGUUGAUGGCAAACACUCGAUUGAAGAGAAUGAUGCUCUGCAUGAUCCAGGAUCUGAGACCAAAGAUGCUAAGCAUUCAGAAUCUGCAAAAGUUCCAGUGGAGCCUAACCAACGAAGCAAAGGAGAAGCGAACGAAGAAAACCCAGGAACUGUUUUGGAAGUUAGCUCUGCUGGUGUAAUAUGUCGUGAAGAAGAAAUAACCAGUGUUAACCAAAUAGAAGAAAACGGAGAAGCCAUGGAAAUCGAUUAUGCGACAGAGGAGCUGGUGGUAAAGAAUGUUACGCUAGGUGGUGUUUUGGAUAAUGCUGGUAUACAAACCCAAGUUGGUCGGAUAGCUGAAGCUGGCGGGAAUGAUUCCAAUGUAGUGAACGAAAUGGAAAUUGAUGUUGAUAUGUCGACUGAUCUUACUGGAUCAAUUGAAUCUGCUGAUUCAGAAAACCAAAACAAUGCAUCUGAAGAUUCUGCUACAGGUGGCGUUGAGCCGUUGGAUCAUAAUGCUUUUUUUGAUCCAAGUUCUGAUAUUACCAACUUUAUUGAUUUCAGUGGUGUAUCAACUUGGUCAGGAAUUAUACAAGACCUUAAAACCGAAACGAAUGUAUCUUUGGUAGAGGAUAAGAAAGCUGCUGUCAUGGGAGAGGAAGUUGCCACGGUCGAGACCCUUAAAUCUGUUGACGCAACAGUAAAUGCUGAAUCCCAUGAUAAUCUAAGCAUAAGUGCAGAAGGUAUUCAAAAUGGAUCCACUGAAGCCUGUAUUGCUUUUGGAGCAGAAUAUUCAGAUUCUGCUACAGAGUUUCCAAGAGAGGCUUCUGAUGCAAUUAUGGGAUCUGACGAAAACCAAGAAGAGAAGGGUCAUGGAUGCUUAGAUCAGAAAUUAGUAGAUCAACAAGAUGCAAUGGGAGAGGAAGAUGAGAGUACUCAUGAAGCUCCAAGUAUUGAACCAACCCAAAAGGAAGAUACAGAAACGGAAGAAAAUCCAAACAAUUUUGAUUAUGCUGUUGAUGGAAGCGAUUCUGAUAUUAAAACCAAAGGCGUGAAACGAAAGGCUGAUGUCCUGAGUGAGGAUUCACUAGGAAAAGGUAGGAAGACUAUUUCAUUGGCGAAGGUGUCUUUUUCCCAAAACCCGUCCUUUAAGAUCGGUGCAUGCAUAACCAGAGCUGCUAGUCAGAUGGCAGGAUCUCCUUCAGUUUUGAACGGUAGUAGCUUUGGUGAUGAAACUCUUUCUGUUGAGAGCUUUGUAUCCCAGCUUCACGGUGCAGCUGUUGACCCUGACAAAGAAAACGUCGUAUCUGAGAUUGCUGCUGGAUUUUUCUUAGAUUUCCGAAACUCGUCAGCUUCACAGCAAGUUACCCCAAAAAAAGUUGGCAAUAAAAGAGGUAGACCAUCCAAUUCUAACGAAGGAGGAACCGAAACAUUUGAGUUUGAGGAAAUGGGCGACGCAUACUGGACUGACAGGGUGAUCCAUAAUGGCGGUGAAGAGCAAACUCCAAUGACUGAGAAAGGAAACUAUGAAAUUGUACCGGUUGAUUUGAAACCUGCUCAGGUUAAAAAGACUCGUCGACCAUACAGAAGACGACAGUCUCAGAUCAGUACUCCUCCUCCUUCAGCAUCAGACAAACCGGCGAACUAUGAUGCGAACGCACCGGCUGAGCUAAUCAUGAAAUUUUCUGAAACGGAUGUAAUACCUCCUGAGAAGAGCCUGAGUAAAAUGUUCAGGCAUUUUGGACCAAUAAGGGAGUUGCAGACUGAAGUUGACAAGGAGAAUAACCGGGCUAGAGUAGUCUAUAGAAAGAGCACUGAUGCCGAGGUUGCUUACAACAGUGCAGGAAGGUUCAGUAUCUUUGGGACGAAAACUGUGUAUUACGAGCUCAGCUAUACAAUAACUGAAGCAUUCAAAGUUGAGCCUUAUGUUGUGUCUUUAGGCGAGGAGAAUGCAGCACUAUGUUUUUCAUCCUAGAUGUAGUAUUGCUGCAGGCAUGGCUCAGGUGAAAGCAAUGGGCAGGCAUCAAGGAGACCUAAACAGCGAAGUGGAUCAGCGGAUUGGAGCUCUUGCUUGUGUUAAGUUACCUUUUAGGUUGAGAUUUUAGGCUGUGUAAUAUGAGAAAGCAUGUAAUAUCCCGAGUUCUUUAUUAUCUUCUAUUGUCGAGGUUAGAGAGAGAGAGUCCCUUUUUUUUCUCUGGUGACAACAGAUUUAACGGUUUUUAGGUGAAGUGAUUUUGGAGCAGUGUAUUAGUAGACUUGGGUGAAAUGAUUGGACCAAGUCAAAUUUAUGUUCAGCAUUUGGUUUACUUG